GUAGCACAGGGCUGUCAGCAGUGGGCAGCAGAGCUCAGCUGCCUUUGUAUGAUCCUCUGCUGCUGCUGCUGCAACCUCACCUCACAGGAAAAAAACAUGGCAGGGUCUCAGGGACAGCUGUCAGCCGGGCAGCACCAUCUCUGCAGCUAACCUGGACCCAAACAUGCGCUUCAAGGCCGCCUGGAGCGAGAGUAUCAGCCGCAGCAGCACAGCCAGGCGCCCGGGCACCGUCCAGCAGCUCCCUCCAUCCAGUGCUCAGCAGAUGCAUGGUCAGCAGCAGCAGCAGUGCAGAGACCCGCAGGAGAUCAGCCGCUAAUCCCGCACAGCAGCAGCAGAGCUGAGAGCCCCAUCAUAACACCCCAUAUAUCCCGAGGAGGAGGAGGCCUGCAAGGAUGAGCGAACAGAGUAUCUGCCAGGCGCGUGCUUCCGUCAUGAUCUACGAUGACACUAGCAAGAAAUGGGUGCCAAUCAAACCCGGGCAGCAGGGUUUCAGCCGGAUCAACAUUUACCACAACACUGCCAGCAAUACCUUCAGGGUAGUCGGAGUUAAACUUCAGGAUCAGCAGGUAGUCAUAAACUAUUCACUGGUGAAGGGUCUGAAAUACAACCAGGCGACGCCCACCUUUCACCAAUGGAGGGACGCGCGGCAGGUGUACGGCCUGAACUUCGCCAGCAAAGAAGAGGCCACGGCUUUCUCCAACGCCAUGCUGUUCGCGCUCAAUAUCAUGAACUCACAAGACGGAGGCCCUGCAGCUCAGCGCCAAACCCCGAGCAUCCAGAAUGGUCCCUCGCCGGAUGAAAUGGAAAUACAGAGAAGGCAAAUUAUGGAGCAACAACAGCGCCAAGAGACCCUGGAACGAAGGACGUCGACUACAGUUUCUACCCUUCAGAUAAACGUGUCUUCCUCCCCUUCCCACUGCCAGUCUCCUCCUCCUGACUACAGUAACUACAGCGUUCCUCCUACUGCUGGCGCUAUCCCACCACCAUCUUAUGCAAAAGUUAUCUCUUCAGCAUCUCCUGUCCCCGAACCUAGUAAUAAAUCCAACCAAAAGUCCUCUAAAAGAACCAGCGGGUCCCCAGAGUUGCCGCACUGUCUAUCUGGAUUUGAGCCUUCCGCAUCCCAAGGUUCUGCCUUUUCUCCAAUAUGGCCAAGCAAUGGGACUCUAUCCCGAAGCGUCAAGCAAAUCUCCUUAUCCCCACCUCCUCCUCCUGGUCCCCAUGCUCCAUUAACCUCUCAUCAGUCUGUAAAACAUCCCUCUGUGUCCUACACUUCCCGUUCCUCGUCUCCCACUGUGGCUUCACCAGUGCUUCACCAUAGCGUGUCUCCACAAACAUUUAUUCCAGUAAUGCUUCCUGUGAUUCCUGGCCAGAACGCAAGGAUCAGAGGAGGUCCAGACAGAAUGGUCCAAAACCCAAACGUACCUCAUGUAGGCCCCGAUGACCAAGCAGAUGAGCUGCAAACCACUCAGAUUCCGAUAAAUUCCCAGAGAACCCAAGUUAAAAGCGCUGACCGUUGUUUCCUGUCAUGCUUAGAAACUGUGCCCCUUCCUCAGAUGCCAGUGAUAGCCAACCCCGCUGGCACCCUUACCCAUGCUUCUGCUCAACCCUUCCAUCCUUCCUCUCAUGCCUCCCAGCCAUCAUACCAGUCCACAUCACACUUUGUUUCAUUACCUCCCCCUUAUGCUGCUGUAUCUGAGCUGACUUUGUCCAAGAGGACCACACAUUUUAUGACAUCAUCCGCCAUUUCCCAGUUAAGUCCCAUGCUUCCACCUGGUCACCCUUCUUCUACUACUAUGGUAGCUUCAAUCGGUUUAGCACUUGCUCCAACUAGCGGACCUCCACCGCCGCCCCCACCUGGUCCUCCCCCACCAUCAGGAGCUACACCGCCACCUGCCCCGCCUCUACCAGCCGGGGGAAGCCAAGGGGUGGUCUAUGAAGACAGUCCAGCCUCUGGGCUAGCUGCGGCCCUGGCCGGUGCCAAACUGAGAAAAGUACAAAGGCCAGAAGAUGUGUCGGGAAGUUCUAGUCUCAGCGGGGCUUCCAAAACUGAUGCCAACCGGACAAGCAGUGGUGGCAGUGGAGGGGGAUUAAUGGAGGAAAUGAAUAAACUGCUGGCAAAAAGAAGGAAAGCGGCCUCACAGACCGAUAAACCUGGGGACAAAAAAGAGGAAGAAUGCCAAAAUGAGGAUUCCAGUCUCUCAUCUUCUCCCAACACUCGCGGUCCCACACCUCAGAACUCUGCAGACUUGGGUAAGAAGCCGUGGGAGAGAAGUAACUCGGUGGAGAAGCCCGUAGCCUCCUUACUCUCCAGAACUCCACCGGUGGUGAAGAGCCCGGAAGCUAAGAGCCCCAUACAAUGUCAGCCACCCUCUAGCAGGAUGAAGCCCGUAAACAGCAGUAAUGACGUAUCGUCAGACGCCUUAGACUUUGACAGAAUGAAACAAGAAAUACUAGAGGAAGUCGUUAGAGAGUUACAUAAAGUGAAAGAAGAGAUUAUUGAUGCUAUCAGGCAGGAGCUGAGCCGAAUUAGUACAACAUAAUAACGGAGAGAGCGGUCCGGUCUGGGAACGUACAGUAGAAUCCGAGUAGAACUGACGCGUUGAGUGUUGCAUUGGUCAUUGACUUAUGGACAGAACCUGCACUCCGUACCCUUAUCCUUAGCAGACACUUUCAAGCACGGAGCCUUGGAUUUGCUAUCAAUCUUACCAUGAGAGGAAAUUACUGAAACGUUUUACAUUUCUGGAUUAUAUAUAGAAUUUUUUUUUUUUUUUUUUUAGACUUCAUCUGAAAUUGCGCACCAACAUUUCUCAGCCUUUUUUUUUUUUGUAUGAUAUAUUUGCUUAUUUAAAUGCAUUAUUUUUCAUUUAGUACUAGUUUAAAUAAUGAAGGAGGAGAAUUGUCGGCCAUUUGCUUCCGUAGGAUGACUGCACAGUAAUUUUAGUCUGCGGUGUUAGGACCCUUUUUGCCAACGGAAUUUUAUUGCAGAAUCACGAGAGAAACCAGACUCACAUUACAAACAAUCGUACGGUGACUAAAAUAAAGACAUGAUUUCCACUGUCAUCACAAUAUUACAGCGGUACAUCAGUGCACCACAGUAUCUGUAUUCAUAUUGGUAAUAAACUGUUUAUUGUCCAAA